UAUAUUUUCGGGCAUUUCGCAUAAUAAAAAUCUUAAACUGCAUAGGUAUAAGCUAAAGCUAUAGCCGCUAUAGGCGAGUAACACUCCAAAAGGCGCUCACGGUGACGCUCACGGUGCCGGUGACCAACUCAUACGCAAAUUCAAUUCCUUUAGAACCACUCGAACCUCUCAUAAGUCAUACGCAAAUUCGUCACUCAUACGCUAAUUCCAAAGCUCGAAUUGCAGAAGCUCGUUCCAGACUUUUUGAAGCAUCAAGUCUGAAUCAGCCAGCCAUUCUGUGCAAGAAGCAUGACGGGUAGCAAGGUGAACCCAACUAAAAACAAGUCAACAGGUUUACCUCGGAAGCGAUUUUACCGAGCUCGAGCCCAUAGUAAUCCGUUAAGUGAUUCUCACUUCCCUGUUCCACUUUCACCUCACCAUGUUGACUAUUCACUUCAUUUUCCGCAAAUCUUCCCUUCACCUGACCGAUCUGUAGAUGCAAGAAAGAUUGAGUUUGCCGACAUAGGUUGUGGUUUUGGAGGUCUUCUCAUUAGCCUUGCAACUCUGUUUCCUGAAAAGCUAAUGAUAGGGAUGGAGAUCCGGGAUAAGGUGACUGAGUAUGUCAAGGAACGGAUUUUGGGGUUGAGGAAAACAAACCCAGAUCAAUACCAAAACAUCUCUGUGGUUCGAACCAAUUCCAUGAAAUACAUUCCAAAUUAUUUCGAAAAGGGUCAACUAUCAAAGAUGUUCUUCUUGUUUCCAGACCCACACUUCAAAGAGAAGAAUCAUCGUCGUAGAGUUAUUAGCCCAUUCUUGCUAGAUGAAUAUGCUUAUGUACUCCGGGAAGGGGGGAUUAUCUACACCAUGACGGAUGUUGAGGAGCUGGGAGUGUGGAUGAAGACGUGUCUUGAGAACCAUCCCAUGUUUGAGGCUUUCACAGAAGAAGAACUUGAAGCAGAUCCAGUUGUUAAGCUCUUGGAGUCUGCUACCGAGGAAGGGCAGAAGGUCGCGAGGAAUGGGGGGCAGACUUUUCAAGCAGUGUUCAGACGGACAUCUUUGCCUGCUUAGUGCUUAGUGCUUAGUGCUUAGUGCUUAGUAGUCUAUAACUUUGUAAUAGUUCGAUUUUUGCAUCAACUAGGCUAGGAGUAAUUCAGUAUUGGAUAUUUUUAUAUCACCUCUGCUAAUUUGCAAAAUUUUGUUUGUUACAAUUGUACUUUUGUCAUAUUUAAGAUAGAGGUCUAAUUCAAAUACUUAUGAUAA